AGUUUUUAUUUACAUAACUACAAACAAAGCCAACGAAAUUUUAGAGCGUAGGUUAAGUUCGAAAUACUUUCUGCUUUCUAUAGUCCUAUUAUUAGAAAUGUUCCCUUGUAAAUAACAUUUUCUUGUAGUACAUAGGAAAAUCUGUAUUAUAUAUACCUAUACAUAUUUAUCAGAUUUAUAAUAAACAAUCUGAUUCAUAAAAUGGCUGAGACGGAAAAGAGGAAAGUUCCUUCCACUUUAAAAACUAUCCUAAGGUACGAUGCUGAAAUAACGAAAAGAUUUGUAAUAUGGGCAAAUAAUAUUUUAACUUUUCGAACCUUACGCACACACUACAGAGGCUUAGAGAUUUCAUGUCAUGGGAUCCCUUGGUUUGCAUUCUGGAUAGCCUUUACGUGGUUAUUUAACAACCCACAUCUCGUGGAAAUGCAAGUAAACAUACUUUUAGGUUUGUUGUUGGAUAUAAUAUUGGUUGCCGUAGCGAAAGCAUAUUUUAGAAGAAAAAGGCCAGUCCAAAACAAGGAUGAUGCCCUGGGACAGAUGGGUCCUGAUAUUUUUAGUUUCCCAUCAGGCCACGCGAGUAGAUCAAUAUUUGUUGUGUACUUUUUUACACGAUUAUAUCCAUUACCUAUUCUGUGUUAUGGCCCUCUUAUAGCUUGGGCCACUUCAGUUUCUUUAAGUCGUGUACUGAUGAGCAGACAUUACAUUUUAGACGUUUUGGGAGGAUGCUUAUUGGGAGUUUUUGAUGGAUUACUGCUAGAAUUAUUUUGGAUUAGCGAAGAGACUGCAAAAUCGUUGAUGUCAAUUGUGUCUGAUGAGAAAAUUGAUGGUGGAGAGUACCAUGUGUAAAUACUACUAUUAUUUUGUAUAUCGUUAAAUGUUUAUACCAAAAGUUGCUUACGUAUUAUUAACCAAAUGCAAUAAAUAAAUAUUUAGAAAAUAA